GGCUUAACUGUGGGAAAUUAGGAACAUAAAUAUGUCCAACUGGGAAUUUUUGUGUACCGGCAGUAUCGGAACCCACUGCACUACAUUGCUCAUGCCGUGUGAUAAGGAACUUGAACGGGGAAAAGGCUCUAUUUUGUUGUGUCCCUUACCGUCGGAAUGCAAUCCCACGCGUAAUUUGAAUAAUUCUUCUCAUCCCAAGACACAUAAGGCUCCAACAAGGAUUGAAAGUUCGAUAGAAAGAAUUUCAAAAUUGGGACCGUUGUUGUCUGGAUGCCCAUUUACCCUCAAGCUCAAUCAAAUGGAAAAUCGAAUUCCGUCGACGUUUUAUGAAAUAGAAUGCCUUCACUGCAACAAGUGCAGCAAUCAUGGCUCCAACUCCAAGUGCACACAACUGGUGACUGAAAUGGAAGCCCUGUUUCAACGAGCGGACAACUCUACCUGGAUUGAUACAUUAAUUGUAAAAGCCGGAUGUCAUUGCAUGCCGGUUUUAGGACAUAGCUCAAACACUAGAGUUUGAAAGUUGCUUUUUGUGAAGUAAGAGAGUCUGAG